ACAAUGCGUCAUACUUCAGAUGGCGUAGGAAAGGUUCAAACAAGUUUAUUUUGCUCAUUAUUUUAUAUUUAGUUUUAAUAAUUUUUGCGGUGCUCUAUUAACAAUAGAAUAGAUAAAGUUAUUAUCGAUUUAAAGAUAAGUAUUUUGUUGCUCAACAACAAUGAACUAACGUCAAUUUUAUUCUUUUGUCUUAAAUAAUGGAUGGAUCUCUGAAUUCUCAAAUUAACCAAUACAAGCGUGUGAUACGAUCGGACCUAGACGACUUUACGGAUUUCUUGAUAUCCAAAAAAAUUUUAAACGAAAAACAAUACAAAGCAGUAUGGAAAAAAGAAAAACAUGAACGAAUUGAUGAAUUGUUCAGUGAAAUUCACUCGAACGGUAAUUUGGAAUUGGUGUUGAAAUAUCUUAGAAACACAUAUCCAGAACACGAGAGGGAUAUACUCGAAAAAAGAAAUUUUCGGUUAUCGUUCGUUAGAGGAGGCUUCCCCGAAUUACCUCCCAAUUAUGUUCCUAGAGAAAGUUUGGAAUGGUGUAAAUUGGUAAACGCUGUCAAAGCCAAUCUACAAGAUCUCAAUUGGGAUGAGACUCUUGUAAUACACGGUAUGAUGGGCUACGGAAAAUCCUGUCUCAUAAAUAAUGUUCUGAGAGAUGAAACGGUUCGACAAUAUUUCGACAACUACAUUUUUUGGAUAAAUUUGGGCGAUUGUCAUAGCAAGGAAGAUGCUUGGCAGCCCAUGUGGAGAUUGUACACUUCGGCGUGUUCUGUACUGGAAACUAAGAUCUCGCAUUGUCACGAUGACCAUAAAGUCCUAAUAGACUCAUUAACAAAAAUAUUUUUGAACGAAAGACUGAGAAACGCAAUUAUAAUUUUAGACAAUGUUUCCAAGAGAGAAGUAUUGGCAUGUUUCGACAUUAAAGUGAAAACUAUCAUCACAACGCAGUACAAAAAUAUUAUAAACGGAGACCAUAUCAGAAGAGUAGAAGUUUCAACUGGAUUUUCCUCGGCGGAGUCGUUGGAAUUGUUUAAAAAAUCGUUAAAAACAAAUCAUGAUCUACCGGGUGCUGCCGAAGAGAUUCACAAUAUUUGCCAGGGGCAUCCGAUGUUGAUAUCACUUAUCGGUUCGUAUUUGAGUGAAAAUAUCGAAGAUGUUAGAGCCGGACAGGUGGAAAUAUGGAAAUACAUCAAACAGAUGCUCCUGAAAGGAAAUUAUAGCUUGAAUCAAUACACCGAAGGACACGUAAACAUAAACGAAAUGAUUAAUACUUGCAUAGAAAAAUUACUCACUGAUAAUUUAAGAGAACUAUAUCAAACUUUGGCGGUUUUUGAAAAGGAUGUUAACAUACCGCCGGUCGUACUUCAAAUCCUUUGGGAUAAAGAUCCUUCGGAGGUGCGCAAUAUCAUGAACAGCUUCGCUGAAAAAUCCCUGAUAGUUCGUUUCUAUCACAAUGAUCUCAAGACUUACAUUUAUGGUAUUCACGAUAUAUAUUUGAACUACCUCAAGAAAAUUACUAAAAAUAACACUAAAGACUUGCAUAGAAGACUUUUGGCUGGAUACGAUAGGGUGACCAAUAGGAAUUAUGCCAAUUUACCGAACGACAAUUACACUUUACAAUUUAUCGGGCAUCACAUUUACCACGGCGAGGAUUUCGAUAAAUUUCAGAUAUAUUUGAAUUUGAAAUUUUUGGAAUUGAAAAUAAAAUCCGUCGGUACCGAAGAUACUUACAGGGACAUGGAAAAAUACGAAAUUUAUAUAACGAGAAAAGAAUCUUUUUUGAAGGAAAAAUUGAAACAAUACAAGGAUUUUAUAAAACGUUGCGGUGGUAAUUUGUACAGUUACGAAAAGACAGACAUCAUACAAUACGCUUUGAAAGAAAACCGUGACAGUUUCGUAUUUAAAGAUGCCCUACAUUUUGCCAAAUCGUCGUCCCACCUCUACUUACAGCUACAGAAACCAAUCGAGGAAUUUGACUAUUCACAAAUUAUUAACAUAAAAGAUGACAUAACUUCCGCUUGCUUUUUCGAUUCGCCGCAUCACAUUUUAAUCGGUACCACCAACGGUAAAAUUAAAUUGUUUUACGAACAGAGUUCGAAAGAAAUAUCGAAUUUCGUCGGUCACGCCGGCGCCAUAAUGAGUAUGAUAAUCAGUCCUGACAGGAGGUACUUUUUGUCGGUGUCUCGUGACGGUACUGUCAUAUUAUGGAAAUUCGCCGCGGACAGUACGCGGAACAGUCUAGAUCUCAGUACCGGAUGUCUCAUAUCGCCUAAAACGAAACAAUCUUAUUGGCAGGAUAUCCAUACAGCGGAUCGUGGUCAGAUAUAUCCGAGAAAAAAAUUCAAAAUACCCAAUUAUAAAGAAUAUUUGAUAUCGGCUGCUUUCCAUAACGAUUUUCCUGAUACGUUUCGGAUAGCAACUGGAAGUAACGAAGGGAAUGUUACUAUUUGGGAUGCUCACAACGAAGUCGCUUUAUAUGAAACCGGUCGUAAAGGAAUGCCGGUACCUUGUAUACUAUACACAAAUAUAGAGGGUGACGAAUCUGUUAUUUUCGGUCUGGACGACAGCGUCUUCAUAUACAAAGUGAUCAACGAUAAAUUUCAAUAUUUUUAUCAAUUUCACAACAACAUCGUUUGCAAUUCGAUAUUUUUGUGUUACAAUCAAUUUUGGGUGGUAGGGGAUACGAAUAUUACGAUGUGGAGUGGCAUGAAAAAGAAAAUUAUUUUCGAAAACGACGAGGUUAAAAAUAUUUGUUCGACUUUAACUGACGAUAAUCGAUAUCUUAUUGUUAGUACUGAUCGGAGUACUGUUCGUAUAUGGAAUAUCGAACAACAGAAGAUUCUGAGGGAAUUUAGGAACAGAGGAUUAGCAAAUUCCUUGGAUACUUUUUACGACGAAGAUAAUUCCGUUCACAUACUAUUAAUUGGUUCCGAUAAAAAGACUUUGCAACAAUGUCACAUACAACCCUGCGAACGAGAACCUCAAGUUAGGAACAUUCCAACUUUCACCCCAUAUUGGAAAAAGAAAAACGCCCUAACCGCCACAUCGGAUCACGAAAAUAGAUUGCAGAUUUUCAACAAUUACAGUUUGAUAUCGGAAAGCGAACCAUUGGGAUCCCAAAUAACUUGUACUUGCUUUUCGGUGGAUGGUGAUACAGUAAUAUACGGUAUGGAAAAUGGGGAAAUACGUUUAUUUAAGACUCGAACAAAGGAAGAAAUUAUUUUGGAAAAGGCGAAUAAUCGACCGAUAACUUUUUUAAAAUGUUACGAUCCCACUAAUUCCUAUUUGUAUACCAAACCGUUUGUUAAUUCCGGUGAAAAAUUGGACAGUCUAGAUUUUUUCGAUCCAUAUAUAGGUAUAAUAGUGUCAGUAACCGGUACGGAUACAGUAACUGUUUACAACGAUAAAAAAAUAUACAAAAGAACUAUACAACACCCCGUAAUUUUCCACGUGUCGAAACAACUGUUGAUACUCGAUUCAGUAUGCAAUAUAUACGAGUGGGAUGUGGAAAGCGAUGAAUUCAAUCGAAUAAACAAUAAUAAUAUUUUGGAAAAGGUAGAUUUGAAGGUAGCAGCGUUCUGUUCCCACAAAUAUUUAAUCGGCGCCGUUUACGAUCAAUGCAACAAUCAUUUUUGCGAUAUUUACAAUUGGAACAACGAAAAUGCCACGGUGCAGUUAUUGAAUAGGAUCGGUAUCGAAGAAAAAGUUACUACGGUCAAAUUUUCUUGCGACGGAUGUCUGUUAGCCAUCGGAAUGUCUUCUGGUGCUAUCAAAGUGUUCAAUCUGGAUCAACAGUAUAAGAGCGUUUCUUUGUUGUUGCACGAUGACGAAGUACAAGAUUUGAUAUUUUCUCCUCAUAAGGAACCGAUUUUGGUGAGCGUCGGUGAGGAGAUCGCUUGGUGGAAUCUGAAAACGUUUCAGAACGUCAAAACGAGAAAGGGGAGACCGAAAAGCAUCGAUAUAUUAGAAAGUCUAGUGUCAGAUCUAAAUUCGAUGGACGUGUCUUUUUGGUCCGAACGCCAAAUUUUGACCGGUACCGAAUACCUUCUUUCGUUGAUAAGAAUGAAACACAAAGUGAAAUAUAUAUCGGCCUCCAACGAUUUCAAUUCCUUUUUGACAAUCGAUACGAGCGGAAAAAUUUAUAUAAUGGAAAUUGUUCAAUCUACAAAUAACAUUUGAAUUUUCAAAAUUAGUGCAAUAUUUAAAAAAAAUUCUCGAAUAUCAAUUUUUCGAACGCUUCUCUAUAUACUUUGAGGUAAAUCGAGUCUCGAAUCAAAAUAUGUGAAUUUAUAAUGUUUCAACAGUCCCCUCUAAACACUCAAAAUUUUUAAAAAUUUCUAAAAUCGUCAAAAAUCAUUUUUUUUUUUAUUAUUUUUCUCGAGAAAAUUAUGAGGAAAAUAAAAAACGAUCCAAAAAGUUGGAGCGACCCUUAAAAAAAUUUAUUUCCUACCUACCGUGUGAAGGGGGCUGUUAAAACAUUAUAAAUUUACACAUUUUGAUACGAGACUCGAAAAAAAAUUUCUUUGGACCACCCUAAUAUACAUAUAUAUAUUUAUACAGGGAGAAGCAUCUUUAAUUGACGUUUAACAGGCUUUUAAUUUUAUUUUCGAGGUGCAAUAUGAGAAUUGCAACUACCGAAUAUAUUUUUAUUUUUAAUAUAAAAAAAUUAUUGAAUUUUUUGCUCCGGCAUUGAUUUUUGUGAUGACAUUUCGUGAUGUAGCUUAAAGAAAAAGGAGUUUUCGUAACUUUUUUGUCAUUAAUCGAAUAUUUAUUAUCGUUUAUAAUUAUUUGUGUGUGGUACACUCCUAGAUUUUUAUUCAUAAUUAUUUGAAUCAUAUUUUUACUAAUGUCUUUCGAUUAAUAUUUAUAAAAAAGAUUUUUAAUUGUGUAAUUGUCUCUGUUUCUAUUUUAUGUAAUUUUUUGUUUUUAAUCGACAAAAUUUUAUGAUUUGAACAAUUUCCCAUCAACAGUGAACCACACAUUAUAUUAAAAAAUUUUUUGUGAUGUAAAUCAUUAGUUUUUAGUUAUCGAAAAAUGAAUACGAAUAAAUUUCUAACCUAUAAUGAAAAUUAAAAACAUUCCAAUGUAAAAAUCUGAUGAUUUAUAUCGAAUAUUUACUAGUUAUUUAGUGAUUGUAAUGAAAUUAUGCUGCUUUGAGGUGAUACCGUCACUAUAGUCAAUUUUUUCUUGUUCACUAAUCGUUAAAAAGUGAACGGAAUCAUUCGAUAAUGCAGUAAUGAGAAUAUACUUUGUAUUUUGUAAAUAAUUUAUAUAUAAUAAUAACCGUUUAUUAAGACUAAGAGCUAAUCGCAGAUAUUUCACAUAAAAAACUAUUUUUUGGUAUCAUUUUGUUUUAUAAUGACAAAUUUCUCACUCUGAAAUGGCCUCUAAACUUCCUGUAUUCCAUCGUUGCUUCUAAAGUAUUUCAAACUCUAUAUGACAAUGUCCAAAAUUGAUUUGUCGUGAUUAUUCUACUGAUCUCAUUACUUCUAAGAUAAUUUACAGCUCAAUAACAAAUGUCACAUUACAAAAUGGCGUUCAGACUUACCCAUAACAUUGAUCUCAUCUUCCCCAACGUUUUGUUCUACGAUAUCAUUUUCGAAUCGACAUGAAAAAGUGUUAAUUUUCUUUGAUUCCUUUAGUAGUAAAUUUUCGGUCGAAAUAAAACGAAUUUUUCACUCUAUAAUGGCGCCCAAACUUCCUAAUACUUAUUAUAUCAUAUUGAUGGUAUUGUUUUUUCAAAAAUCAAUUUUAGCCCGACAUAAAAACAUUCAACUUUGCUUUGAUGUUGUUUGUAGCAGAUUUUUGACAUUCAUUGAUUCAAAAAUGACAAAAUGGACGAAUAUUUCAAACCAAAAUGGCCUUUAAAUUUUGUUUGAGUCGUCCACUACAUUAAUUUCAUAAUAUUUCAUUGCAUUUUCCAAAAUCAUUUGUGUCUCAAUGUCAAAAUUCAUUUUUUAUUUUGUUAUCAGCAGUUUUUUUUAUUGUGGUACUUUUUAAACAUUCUCAUAUUGAAAAAUAACAAAUUUCUAGCUCCAAAAUGGCGCCUAAACUCUAUUUGUCUUACCAACUACAUUAAUAUCAUAUUUGAUGACUUUUUAUUAUACAAAAAUCCUACUUACAACUCAAAUUUUCAUUAAAACUACUUUUUUAAUAUCUCUAUUAAUAUUUUCAACGUUUUUCGACCCAAAAAGGCGCUCCCACUAUUUAUUUAUCCUUCCCAUACAGUUCAUUUUUGUUUUUUGUUUCUUGUAGAUAUAAUUUCAAACAUCCUAUAUAUAUAUAACUACCUUGUUAGGUUUUUAGGCUUUCUUAUAUUGAACUAUAACAAAAUUAGUAACCAGACAUUACAAAAAGGCUUCUAAACAUUCUAUUCAUACCUCAAUACAUUCUUUUAUAGAGUCAAAAAUUCUGUUUCGAUCACCUAUUAGCAAAAUAUCAUUUUCCGAUACAAUACUUCAAAUUUUUUGUUUUAUUUGUUAAAGGAUGAUAAAAAUUGUGUCUUAGAUUUCUAUUUUCCUCCAAUUAAACCAAAAAUUUUCUUCUAAACACUUUUAUAAACAAUUUUCAUUUUUAUUUUUUGCUUUUUUCUAUUUGUGACACUUUUCAUAUAUCCUCAUAUCAAAAUAUUCUCUAAGAUGGCGCUCGAAUUUUAAAAAUUUAAUAGGGCACAGUAUUAAACUGAUCCAAAAGCUCUCUAUAAGUAUAUACAGGGUGAGAAAUAAAUAUUGCAGUAUCCAUGGUCACUAUUACAGAUUUUGGUUAGUUCCUCAAAUUAUUUAUCUUGUGUCUCUUAGUCUUUUAAUCCUAAUUAGGAACAAAAAUAGUUUUAGGGUUUUUUUUUCAGAAGAAAUACAUAUUGAUAUUGAAUUUUUACUCUUUUUUAUCCAAUUACCACUAUUAUAUGUUGUAAAUAGCUUUAAACUAUUUUUUUAUUAUUUAUUUUGUAUGUUACAAGUUAAUGAUUUUAUAUCGUUUUUUUUAUUAUUAUUGGGUUCAAUUUUAUCAUUAACAAAUUAUUUUAAAUAUCGAAAAUAUUAUUAUUGAUAUUUAUUUUUCCUAAUGUGCUGUAUCUAAAUCGAAAUUUACUGUUUUUAUAAUUGUCGAUAUUGAAAAUUUUUAAUUAUCGAACAAUUUAUCAAAAACUUUAAUAUAAGAAUAAACGGCACAUUAGGAAAAAGAUCUUUUUGAGAUUCAGGUGAGCAUUUUUGUAAUAACUAUUUUUGCAUUUGUAGCUUUCAUUUAUAGCAAAUUAUUAAUUAUAUUUGUUAAUGUUUGUAUGUCAAAUUCAAGAAAAAAAACAAGAUUUUAUGAAUUUUUUAAAUAUAUCACACUUAGAUAACAAAAAAUGAUUAUUAAUUGUGGUUUAUAUAUUGAUAUUUAAUACAUACUCUUUAAUCUAUUUUUUAGCAAUCGAUUAUUUAUAUCGAGGCCAAACUUUUACUGCCAUAUUGUUGUGAAAAACAUACUUUGUUGUAAAAUUUCGGUUAUUUUUCUAUUACCAAUAUAAUACCAUUUUUCUAUAAUA